AAAAAGGUUCAUCACGCUGAGGACAAGGUUCCUCACGCUGAGGAGAAGGUUCUUCACGCUGAGGAAAAGGCUCUUCACGCUGAGGACAAGGUUCUUCACGCCGAGGACAAGAUUCCUCACGCUGAGGACAAGGUUCUUCAAGCUGAGGACAAGGUUCUUCACGCUGAGGACAAGGAUAUUCCCGCUGAAAACAAAGUUCUUCACGCUGAGGACAAGAUUCUUCAUGCCGAGGACAAGGUUCCUCACGCUGAGUACAAGGUUCUUCACGCUGAGGACAAGGUUCUUCGCGCUGAGGACAAGGUUCUUCACUGCGAGGACAAGGUUCCUCACGCUGAGGACAAGGUUCUUCAAGCUGAGGACAAUGUUCCUCACACUGAGGACAAGGUACCUCACGCUAAGGAAAAGUUCCUCACGCUGAGAACAAGAUUCCGCAUGCUGAGAACAAGGUUCCUCACGGUUUGGACAAGGUUCCCACGCUGAGGACAAGGUUCUUCACGCUGAGGACAAAGUUCUUCACCCUGAGGACAAGGUUCCUCACGCUCAGGACAAGGUUCUUCACGAUGAGGACAAGGUUCUUCACGCUGCGGACAAGGUUCCUCACGCUGCGGACAAGGUUCUUCACGCUUAGGACAAGGUUCAUCAACUUACAACAAGGUUCCUCACGCUGAGGACGGGGUUCCUCACGCUGAGAACAAGGUACUUCACGCUGAGGACAAGGUUCUUCGCCCUGAGGAGAAGGUUCUUCACGCCGAGGACAAGGUUCCUCACGAUCAGGACAAGGUUCUUCAAGCUGAGGACCAGGUUCCUCACACUGAGGACAAGGUACCUCACGCAAAUAAAAGUUCCUCACGCUGAGAACAAGGUCCGCAUGCUGAGAACAAGGUUCUUCACAGUGAGGACAAGGUUCCCACGCUGAGGACAGGGUUCUUCACGCUGAGGAGAAGAUUCUUCACCAUGAGGACAAGGUUCUUCACGCUCAGGACAAGGUUCUUCACGAUGAGGACAAGGUUCUUCACGGUGAGGACAAGGUUCUUCACGCUGAAGACAAGGCUUCUCACGCUGAGGACAGGGUUCUUCACGCUGAGAACAAGGUUCUUCACGCCGUGGACAAGGUUGCUCACGCUGAGGACAAGGUUCUUAAAGCUGAGGACAAGGUCCCUCACACUGAGGACAAGGUACCUGACGCUAAAGAAAAAGUUCCUCACGCUGAGAACAAGGUUCCGCAUGCUGAGAACAAGGUUUUUCACGCUGAGGACAAGGCUCCCACGCUGAGGACAAGGUACUUCACGCUGAGGACAAGGUUCUUCACGCCGAGGACAAGGUUCCUCACGCUGAGGACAAGAUUCCUCACGCUGAGGACAAGGUUCUUCACGCUGAGGACAAGGUUCUUCACGCGGAGGACAAGGAACUUCAGCUUGAGAACAAGGUUCCUCACGCUGAGGACAAGGUUCCCUCGCUGAGGACAAGGUUCUUGACGUUGAGGACAAGGUUCUACAUGCUGAGGAGAAGGUUCUUUACGCUGAGGACAAGGUUCUUCACGAUGAGGACAAGGUUCCUCACGCUGAGGACAAGGUUCUUCAAGCUGAGGACAGGGUUAUUCAACUUAGAACAAGGUUCCUCACGCUGAGGACAAGGUUCCUCACGUUGAGGACAAUGUUCCUCAUGCUGUGGACAAGGUUCUUCACGCGGACGACAAGGUCCUUCACGCCGAGGACAAGGUUUCUGGCGCUGAGGACAAGGUACUUCACGCUGAGGACAAGUUUCCUCACGCUGAGGUCAAGGAUCUUCACGCUGAGGACAAGGUUCUUCACGCUGAGGACAAUGUUCCCAAGCUGAGGACAAGGUGCUUAACGCUGAGGACAAGGUUCUUCACGCUGAGGACAAGGUUCUUCACGCUGAGGACAAGGUUCUUCGCGCUGAGGACAAGGUUCUUCACGCCGAGGACAAGCUUCCUCACGCUGAGGACAAGUUUCUUCACGCUGAGGACAAGGAACGUCAGGCUGAGAACAAAGUUUCUCACGCUGAGGACAAGGUUCCCACGCUGAGGACAAGGUUCUUCACUCUGAGGACAAGGUUCUUCACGCUGAGGACAAGGUUCUUCACUCUGAGGACAAGGUUCUUCACGCUGAGAACAAGGUUCUUCACGCUGAGGACAAGGUUCUUCACGCUGAGGUCAAGGCUCUUCAACUUAGAACAAGGUUCGUCACGCUGAGGACAAGGUUCCUCACGCUGAGGACAAGGUUCCUCAUUCUGAGGAAAAGGUUCUUCACGCGGACGACAAGGUUCUUCACGCCGAGGACAAGGUUCCUCGCGCUGAGGACAAGGUUCUUCAAGCUGAGUACAAGGUUCCUCACGCUGAGGACAAGGUACCUCACGCUGAGGACAACGUUCCUCACGCUGAGAACAAGGUUCCUCAUGCUGAGGUCUGUUAACUAAUUGUCAGUCGGGAUUUCGUGGUCUACAUUCUACUCUUACCGCCCUUCUUGAGGCCACUAACGAUUGGGCUUAUAGUAUCGAUCAUGGAAACAUAAAUGCUGUCCUGUUUCUCGACCUCAAGAAGGCGUUUGAUACCGUAGACCACGAGAUUCUUUUAGGAAAACUAAAUUCAUAUGGCAUCAAUGGUGUUGCUGGCAACUGGUUCAGAUCAUAUCUCAGUGAACGGAAACAAAAAUGUAUCGUUAAUGGUCAUUUUUCGACAAAUCGUUUACUCCGUUGCGGAGUUCCCCAGGGAACUAUUCUGGGGCCACUUUUAUUCUUAAUCUAUAUCAAUGAUCUCCCGAAUUGCCUCUCUCACUCACGUGCACGCAUGUAUGCAGAUGACACUCAUUUGACUUACGCAAGUAACGAUAUUGAUGACAUUGAUCAUCACUUCAACGAAGAUCUUGCUAAAGUCA